AUGAGUCAGCUUCGAAAGACCAAUGAGAUGAAGAUGGGGUGGCUGCGGCACAAGCAGCGGUCUCUUCGGACACGUCGUCAUAAGGUCUUCGAGGGGUAUCGAGGAUCGUACGAUGGCAUCCUUCGCAUAGCAUCUGUCAACGGGGAUAUGACCUCCCUCCAACAACAACUGGUUCGGGAACCGGUCGUCCUCCCCUUCCUUUGGAGCCUUGUUCUGUCCAUGAACGACACAGUCGCAGAUACCUUUGAGCCUCUUCUCUAUCUCAAGGGACCGGCCCUCAAGUCUCUCACCCUUGAGCGCCCCGUUCAGCGGCAGACUAUUCCUUUUGAGAUGCAAUGCGAGGCGUUACUGGGUGCGCUGACGAUCUUUCACAGGCUGAACCCCGGAUGCCGGAUCCAAACCUUUUCGAAUCACCAGCAAUGGUGGGCGGAAGACGUGGGACACCAGCAAAUCCUUUCACACCCCAUCUUCAAGGACCUUCGGUCAUUCAAGACUGAGGAUGUCGUCGGCGAAGAGACCCUGGAAUGGAUGACAUGGGACAGGAACUCCAACGAUCCACCAAUACUACCCAAACUUAGCACAUUCUCGGUGCUCCCUGACGCGAAGGACGGGCUUGUGUCGAAGAUAGUGGCAUCGCACGUUGUGGAUGUUCCGGAUCCUGUUCUGAGAACGGUUCGCGUCAUCUUCUCUCAGUGUCUGAAAGAAUCAUGA